AUGGCGCAACCACAGGAGCCUCGAACGGGUGAAAAGCGAGGACCAGGACGGCCGAGAUCGACCGCGACGCCAGCGAUGAAGAAGCAGAGACUGUCUGCAGUCACAACACCAUUGCAGAACAGUCCGAUCCUUCACUCGCCUGCGGCCGCCUCGCCAGCACCGGCAUUGGAGAAGAAGGUGGUCAGGUUGCCAGCGAAGGUCGCAGAGAACAAACCGCUUCCGACAUUGUCAGAGCCACAGUCGGAUGCACUGUCGAACAGUGAAUACCAGAGUAUUGCCGCCAGCGCAGUCUUGACAACAUCUCUUGAUCGCUCGCGACUGAAUUGGAUCUCAAAUGGCAUCUUCAAGCGGCAUUGGGUGAAGCCGGAGAGUGGGAAGAACGCGAAGCCACCGCCGCCGGGUAAUCCUGAUGCGAAGCUGAUGAAGUCUCGGGGGCCAUGUAGAAUGCGGAUCGAGCCUCAUAUUUUCGAGGCGGAAGUGUAUAUCGAGGAGCGUCCGAAACCACCGCCAGCUCCGAAGCAAUAUGCCGCUCCGACUCAUACGCCAUUUGGAGCGCCAUAUCGAUCGACGCAGCCUGGCCAGCCGCCGCAAAAUCCGCAAAUCCAGAAUCGAACACAGUCGCCUGCUGUUGUCACGCCCGCGCAUCCACCGUUACAACCACCGCUUCGAGGAUCCCAGCCAUCAACGCCCACGCCGGCGGCCCCAGCAGAGAAGAAGGCAGACCCUGUGAUAAGCAUGCUCGCUUCAAGAGCGUCGUCCGAUCCGGAGCUGAAGUCAUUGAUGAAAGAGGUCGCUACUGGCAAUGCCACUCCCGACCAGUUGAAAAUAUUUCAGAGACACAUAGAUGAGCUCACGGCGAUAAUACAAACACAGAAGAAGGCCGACGGUCCCAAUACGCCGAGCGCAGAUUCAGGGUCAAAUGCGAUACAGUACGAUGGGGCUGCUGGUUCGAGGUCUACACCGCAGCAACCGGUGCCACAACCUACACAGCAAAGACCUUCGUACCCUGCUGCUCAGGUGCCGGCCUACCACCAGCAGCCAGCAUGGACUCCUGUUCCUAUUCCCACGAAUCUGCCCGUCGUGUUCUCCUUCUCUACGCCUGGUGCUUCAGAGGAUCGCUUCCUCUUCCCAGAGCAUUGUAUAUUAGAGGCUCUGUCUCCACAGCAUCUGCUCGUCAGCUUCAUGGUAGUACGCAAAGGUCGUGACGCUAUUGAUACAAGCGGGCUGGACCCAGACAAGGAGUACUGGCAGCCGAUCACGAUGAUGGUGGAGGUGGCAUAUGGUCGCGAGGAAAUAUUGAACUGUAUACGGCGGUGGGUCAAGCCGGCCGAGGAUUCCCGCAAGCAUAUGGAGGAAGUGAUGCAGCGUUGUGAGAGGGCACCGGAGACACAUUUGGCUCUGAGGUUGCCGUUGAAAUCUACUUUGCUUCCGGAGAGCGAGGAAGCGUCGAAGGAAGCUACACCUGUCGUUGAUGAGAAGACGAAGUCCAAGCCGACGGUGAAAGCAGCGAAGAAGGCGACAUCCAAAACAGCUGCGCCGUCUGAGAAGCCCGCGAACACCGCAGCGACAGUCCCAACAUCUGCCAGCACGGGAGAGUCAAUCCGGGAACCAGUACCUGAUGCGACAGCCUCAGCUUCGGAUCAAAAAGAUGCGCCUCCAACAAGCACAGAUUCAUCCGAGGCCAACAAAGACACCUCUGCAGCAGAAGACGACGGUCGGCCGAGGAGAGCCACACGCAAAAGUGUGAGGAUUAGCGAAGUAUAG